CAAACAACCUUCAUGCUGACAGAACGCGGAGUUUUUCGCGCUACCAGCUAGCGAAUUAAGGAUACUUUAUAUUAUAAAUGUUACAUUUUAAUUUUGUCAUAGUAUCUCUUUUAGUUCUUAUGAAACUGCUUUGAGUUAAAGUUCAUUUGGAAUGAAAAUAGGACGUCAGUAAGUAACGGCUGAAGUAUGGCAUCGUUUAGAGACAGACGGAUUAAAGGCGCCUCUCAAACAACGAACAUGCGCGAGGAUAUUUCAGUUAAAAAAGAGUUUCACGUUCCACCUUUGACUGCCACAAUGAAAGAGAGCAAAAAGAAAAGGAAAGACACAACAAAAGAGAAAAAGAAAUCGAGGAAUGGCAUUAACCAGGCAAGGGAUUCAGAGAAACUCCAGACAGAACAGUGGAUCAACGGAGAGAUGAGUGAUGCUCAGUGCAAUGCUCAGGCCAAAGAACGUAAGAACAGCAAAUCCAAAAAUCCCAAGGAUGUAUCAGAAGUGGUUCCAGCAGAGGAGGACAAAUCUGAUUUGACUGAUCUCGAACAGGACAGCUUGAGGUGGGAAGGAGCUCUUGAAGACCCCACUGCAGAGGCCCAACGGUUGGAGGUCUACAGAGCCAACCGCCAUAAACGUUAUAUGGCAUCAAGACAGGCUUUUCUACAAAAUAUUCAGACUGGUCUAAGCAUAGACUCAAACUCUUCAAAACUAAAUACACGAAACAAGUCUGGAGUUUUAACAUGAAGAACUUAUUUCAUGAAAUCUUACAAUCAGUCAUCUAUCAUGUG